AUGCCCUUCCAACGCUCUCGCUGUGCCAACCUAGCUCACCGGCCUCGGCCACCACCGGCCUGCCAUGUCACCAAAUCUACUGAAGGCAGAGGAGCCGAUUGUAAGCGGGACGAAGAUGGCUACAACGUCGAUGAUGCCAACUCCUUUCCGUAUGUGAAGACAUACCCAUCUUCGUCGUCUCCAUCUUGCUGUGACGACAGCACGGAUUGGGUUAUAGUCCAGACAGACGGCGCCCCAUGUGGUGACGACCUGCACAUCUACGGACCUGCUCAGGAACUGACGGCAACAAACGUCCAACUCUUCGAAAAAUUGAACAACAGCUCUCCCAGCAUUUGCGCAGCCGGUGAUAAUGGUGGCCGUCGCCGAUGCCACCGCCGACGUCCAAAAUGCCGCCCCGGUGUUGGCAGGCCACAUGCUUCCAUCGCUACGCGGGAGUCUCAUCACGCUGAGAGUGAGCAACAUCUUGACCCGUGGGCCCCCAUCGGUGUCGACUCUUAUGAGUUCGAUGUCUUUGCGGUUGGAGCGUGGGCAAUGGAAGGGGAGACUGGGACAGAGCCAACAUACAACUACCCAAGAAGCUUCUAA